UACACAGCAUUUUGAAAAGCAACAAUUAUCCCAACCACCUGAUACGCGAACUAAUAAAACAAGAAACAAUGCGAAUAGGAAAUCAGCAAAAUAAAACGCCAACCACAGCAACAGCAAAUACACCAAAGAAGUACUACAGCGUCACUUACAUCCCCAAGCUAAGCGAAAACUUUGAUCACAGCACAUUAAAGGAACAAAAUAUAACUCUCGCCUACAAAACAAAUAACACGUUAGCUAGAAUCUACACAAGAACAAAAAGCCCACUAUACAUACAGCAACAAAACAACGUUGUUUAUGAAAUAAAAUGUAAGGGCAAAGAGAACGAAAACUGUGGUAAAGUGUACAUAGGGACAACAAAACGCGCAUUAGGUGUUCGCAUAGCCGAACAUCAAACAGAUAUAAGGAAACAAAAACACAGCACAGCCCUAUCACAGCACAUAUUAAACAGCGGCCACACAGCUGAUUUCACUAACACUAGGAUUAUUGACAAGGAAAAGAGGGAAAUGACGAGAUACACUUUGGAAAGCUUAAGAAUAUUAGAAAAAAGAGAGAAUACGAUCAACAAAAAAGAAGAUACGGACAACAUCGCGGCCGCCUACAUGUUAUGCAUAUCAAAAUAAACAAUUUAGUAAUGACAAGACUACCAUAGAGAGUGGUACU